AUGGCGGCGGUGGCCGGCGACCGACGGCGGCGGUGGCCGGCGACCGACGGCGGCGGCGGCGGCCGACAACCGGUGGCGGUCAACGACCAACGGCGGCGGCCGACGAUCGACGGCGGCGGCGGCCGGCGGCGACCGACAACCGGUGACCGACGGCGGCGGCCGGCGACCGGCAACCGGCGGCGGCGGCUGGUGACCGGUGAUCGGCGGCGGCCGACGACCGACUGCCGGCAAUCGGCGGCGGCCGGCGAUCGGCGAUGGCGCCAACGACAGCGGCUAGUGACAGGUGACCGACAGCUGUCGGCGACCGGUGAUGGGCGGCUGCCGGCAACCGGCGGCGGCCGGCGAUCGGCGAUGGCGGCGGCCGACGGCCGGCGACCGGCGGCCGACGGCCGACGACCGGCGGCCGGCUGCCGACGGCCGGCGGCCGGCGGCCGGCGACCGCGGCCGGUGACCUACGGCGGCGAUCGGUGGGCGGGCGGCGGCCGACGGGUGGUCGAUUAA